AUGGAUGGAUCAUCGUCAGAACAGACAAAGGUUGGGCCUAGACGUCUAAGACGCUCGCAUCAGAAGUCGCGCGCUGGCUGUGCAAAUUGCAAGAAACGGAGAAUCAAGUGUGACGAGGGGAAGCCUGAAUGCAAAAACUGCAGUGCUUUCGGGGUCAAAUGUAACUACGGCGACAAGGCUGAGGGUUUGCGGGACAAACCUUUCGAACGGUCCAUGUUCUCGAACAGUUACGGACCGCCAGUAAAAAGAAAGCGCGGUAGACCGAGAACGAACUGGAGUGAUGAGGAUCAAAGCUCUACUUCUGCUAGCCAGCUAUCACCGGCUUCGACAGAGAGCUCCUCGCUAGGAACAUUGCCGCCUCCAUAUCAGCGCACUUCCCGUUCAAUGGAGAAUCUGGAAGAACUCAGGCUCCUACACCAUUUUACCACGCGAGAAUACAACCAUGCUGCCAGCAACCCACCUGUCCAUGAUCCCCUUCGCAUGCGGGCUCCUAUGCUAGGGUUUACUUAUCCUUUCAUUCUUCACUUUAUUUACGAGUUUUCAGCCCUGGACCUUGCGCGUCUGGAGCCCGAACGACGAUCAUACUACUACUCAUUAGCCGAAAACCAUUCCGAGAUUGGACUCAAAGGAGUCACUCAGCUUCUGGCCCACUUUGAUGUUAAAGAUUGUCAUGCGAUCUACACCGGGGCUGUGUUCGCAUGCAUGAACGCCUUUGCUCGGGGUCCUAUGCCGGGCGAAUAUCUUCUAUUUAGCGAGCAAGGCCCGCCGCAAUGGCUACCCCUGCUGAGAGGGCUUCGAAGCAUCAUCGACUCAGUGGGUAUAGGAACGAUCGCCGCUGGUCCGUUGUAUACGGGCGUGGUAGAACCUCCAGCUCCACCAAUAGCUGCAGAACCUGCCGCUGAAAUGUUUCAAUGUCCUCGUCUGGACUGGAUCAACCAUUUCGAACGCCUACGGGAAUUCAUCGCUGCACCACUCGACGGCUCAGACCCUGCAACAGACCUCGACGCUUUUGACAAGCUUCGUCUAUGUUACAUGGCAACGUAUGGCGGACUGGAUGGCAGCUACCAUGGCAACGGGGACCAUCAAAACGCAUUCGUGUGGCCAUACCAGUUGGAUGAGGAUUUUACCACCCGAUUACAGGAGAGGAAGCCUACAUCUCUCAUUAUCGCAGCACACUUUGCGGUCCUUCUCAAGAACUUGGAAUUCAUCUGGUUUCUGGAGGGCUGGGCAGAGCAUGUCAUUGCGGGCGUAGGCAAAUUUGUAGGCGAAAGUCAUCGAGUUUGGCUACAAUGGCCAAUUGAGCGGGUCGCGUUCAUCCAACGGGAAAAAACACAGCAUGCGAGUACUGUUGAAUCGAUACGAAGGACAGGUUAAAGAAUUUACGAAGAGCAAGGGUUGAACGGAAAUGAAGCCACAGCCAAAGUGAUGGGCAAGAAUAAGAAGUACAGUUGUCUCAG